AUGAGUGAACCUCAUCAAAACAUUCCCCUUUCCCAAUUAUUAUCACAAAAUUCUCAAAAUACAGCCAACUCAAGACUAACUUCUAUUCGUGGUAUACAACCUUCACAACCAAAAAUUCAAUUUGCACCAAAUAUUCGAGCAGCAGGAUUUAAGCCAGAAGCAAAUAAUGGGAAUGAAGGACGAACAAAAUUGAAAGUUAAAAAAGAACAACCAAAAAUUAAGAAAACAACAAUUACACCAACUCCACGAGUCUUCAAACCACGACCAGUUGCACAUGGAAAUGGUGGAUUAGGAAUAAGUAAUUUAAUGAUGACAGCAGGAGAAGAUAUAGGGAUGAAAGAAGAGAAUAAAAAAGACAAAAAGAAAGAAUUAUUAUUAAACCCUGAAUUAGACUUUGAUCCUUGUAAUCCAAACCAUCCAAUUACACUUCCAUUAAGAGACCCAGAAGAAGAAAUAAAUGGGGAAAAAGAACAAAUAAGUGAACCAGUUUUAGACAAAGAAAAAACAUAUUAUACACCACUUGAAACAAUUGAAGAAAAUCCAACAUUUAUUAAUAAUCCAUUACAUAGUGAAAGUGGAAUAUUAUAUGAUGAAUAUAUUAUGAUGCAAAUACCAUCAGUUUUACCUAUUCAAAAAGGAGUAGAAAUAGAAAAUGAAAAUAAUAAUGUUGAAAAGAAAGAAGAAGAUAAAGAAGAUAAAAUUCAUGAGGAAAGUAAUAUUAAAUUAGUUGAAAAUCCAUUAAAAGGAAUGUCAGGAUAUAUUGGAACUAUUCAAUUUAGAAAGAGUGGAAUUGCAAUGAUGAGAAUUGGAGGAAUUACUUAUAAAUUAACAAAAGGAACAAAACCACAUUUUUUAGAAGAAGCAACAGUAGUUUCAUUACCAAAGAAGUCAGUAUAUCGAUUAGGGAAUAUUUCUCAACAUGUAGUCAUGAUACCAGAACUUGAAGAUUGUUUAAAUUUGAUGUGA